UUACUUCCUUAUAUGAUGGGGGUGAAAUUAUCAAAUAUAGGUUAAAUACGUUAACAGAUGACAAAUAACAUGUGUUUUGUAUUGAAUAUAAGUUUAUUUUUCUUAUUUUGGAUAAUUAUUCACAGAUAUCAAGUACUUGGCUGUACUUCAACAACUGCAACUCACAAAAGAUCUGGGGACGAUGUGAUCAUUCAGUUUCAAGCAAGAACCGUUAACACUGAGGAUUCUUCUCUUAGUGUUGUAAACCAGAUAUUGUCGAAUCUUGACUCUCCAUUAGUGUCUGCAGUAUAUAAAGAUGGUGUAAACACAUAUUUAUCCGCAUGCAACAAUUGCACAUUUACUGGUAACGCAGCUACUGGAGAUCUCUCAGUAAAAAUUGACAACUUACAAUCACCAAAUGGAGGCACAUACAAGCUUUCAGUUAAUCAAGCAAGCAGAGAAGUGAAGGGAUGUAUCGUGGUCUAUAUCCUAGGUGUGCCUACAAAACCAGUAAUUAAAUUGGAAAAAAUGCCAUUAGAGGGCGAAAGUGCAGUAUUAAUAUGCAGUAGUGCAUCGACAACAACACCUAAUGACCCUAACCUUAGGAUGACAUAUAACUGGAAAGUAAACAACAGCGAUGCAAAUGACCAAAGAUAUACUUAUUCUAGCACUGGAAAUAAUCUGACGAUAUCAAAUAUUGACAGGAAAGAUGUUAAUCUGCAAUUUACGUGUUCAGCAACAGAAGAUGUCAGUAAUGCAUAUACAUCGGUCAGCAGUGACCUUUUAAGAAUGAAUGUCUAUUAUGCUCCAUUUGUGAAACCCUUUAAAGUUGGGCCGAUAGUUGAAGGAUCCACUCUAUCAGUUGAAUGUAUAGUUGAUCCUGGUAAUCCGAUUUUAACUACAUAUUUAUGGAAAAGAAAAUUGAAUAGUUCGCUUGCAAACUCUUGGUAUGAUAUUCCUGAUUCUUCAACAAUUGGAAAUCAGCUCGUGAAGCAAAAUAUUUCCAGAAAAGAUGUUGGACUCUACAAAUGUACUGCAACUAACGAUAUUACACAAACAACUAACCGACAAAAGAUAGGAUCAAGCUCUGAAACGUUUUUCCUCGAUGUUUUAUAUCCGGCAUCAGUGUUUUCAUUUGUUGUGAAAGGACAUAAAGGGACGUCAACUGUGAUUCUGGACGAAAACGAUGAAGGCGUGCAGUUAUUAUGUGAAGUUGACAGCAAUCCAGAUUCGUCUGUAAAGAUUCUAUUUAAAGGCAAGGUUAAAAAUGAAUCACCAGGUGUUAAUCAUGUCUCAUUCACUUUAAAUAGUGUAUCAUGCCUUGAUAGCGGUAACUACACGUGUGAAGGAAGCAACAAGAUUGGACGGUCUUCUAGAAGGAACAUCCAGUUACUUGUUAAUUGUACACCGCGUCCGCUGUUUCGGGUAGAUCAGAAUAUUUCAAGCAUAUUACACGUGCAGGCCAUGAUGAGUUUUACUGCUUUAGCCUAUCCAAAUCCAGGCUCAAAGGGAUUCUCUUGGCAGAAGGAAAAUGGCGCAAACUGGACCCCAGUUUUGGCUAAUAGAGAUUUACUGAUAACAUCAACAGCGUUAAAGUCUAAUUUGACUAUCCUUAACAUAACAAAGACUGAUUACGGACGGUAUAGACUCAUUGUAAAUAACAGUAUAGGAACGUUCAUUCAACACUUUAACUUGGCUGAAACGAUAUCGGACGAAGGAGAAGAAGCGAAAUGUAACAUUUGUAAUCCUAUUUGUGAUGCUAAUAAAAACACAAUCAUAACUGGAGUAUCUCUUGGAAUAGUGAAUGCAAUACUUGUUGGAAUACUGGUCACCGUUCUGUAUAGAAUGAAAGCAAGCAAAAAAUGGUCGCAGUCACAUGAAGGAAAUGUAAGACAAGAGGAGUAUGUCAACGUAUCCCAGUCUAACAUUGUAGAAGACAAAACAAGGACUGGACAAUACAGCGUUAGGAAGGGCACCGAUAUAAGCAUCGCCAAUGUUACAGUCGAGGGCAGCUCACAGUAUAUGGAUCUUUCUGAAUAUUCAAGGGAUGAUAAAAGUACAUAUGACGAGCUCAAAAAGUAGACAUGAACUGCAUGAAAUACUGUAUGUGUUUGCACGUAAAACACUGAAAUUAUAUUAUAUAUUUUAGGUUUGUACUACGGUUGCUUUACUUUAAGAAAUAAAACUUUAAUUAAUUAUAAAAAUAUAUUUUUCAAGGUCAAAUCUCCUUGUAAUAUUUAAUAUUUUUGUUUCGUAUCCUAAAUAUCUGAAUAAAAGGGAUUCUUCGGAAGCAUUUAAACGGCAAAAUUACAUGAAAUUUGCAGACUAGGUUUGAUUGAGUCUGUACACAAGAGAUAAUAAAAAAGUGCAGCAAUAAAUUCUUCAUUAUGCCUACAUAAGAAUAAAAAAUUGAUGUAGAAACUCCUAUCUGUUCUUUCUAUUUAUAUGUAUUUGUAUACUUGCAAUAAGUGACGUCAGAAAGUUCUUAACAACAAUAACCUUGAGGGUCAUGUAUAUAACCUUUGAUUUACGUUCAUUUUUAACACCGAUUUUGCUUGGAUUAUCUCUUUGAUGAUGCGUAAUAAUCACUGUAGCUGUUCUAAAUGUUGAUAUUACAUAAAAAGAUUAAUAAUUUCUAUAAUAUGAUAUCAUUCGGAUGAAUGAAUGAAAUAUCUUACCUUUACAUUAAAAAGUAUUUUUACAAUUGUACAAUUUUGUUUCAAAUUUUGUAUAGAUAUACAAGUAUUUUUUGUUGUUAUUGUUAAAUCAGAAGGCCGUACAUAAAAUAAGUAUAAUAAAUGUUCUUUUUUUUAGUAAUCUUAGUUUGUUACCUUCUCUAAAUAAAGAUUUUAUCAUCAUAAAAAAACAUGUACUAUACGAAUAUUGUAAAUUUAAAGAUGUCUCUCGAAAAAGAAAUAUGUAUUUAUCAAUAUUUCUUCCUAAAAAACAAUAAUAAACAAAAUAAUGUAUCCAAUUAUACGUCAAGAGAAACAAAUUAACUGUUUUUUUUUUGCAACUAUCUACAGAAACAAUAUAUCAAAAUAUUGAAUAUAAUAAAGUAUAUGGUUAAUAAUUGCCUUUAUUUCAAAAUUUCUGACAUUUUUGUACAGGUUUGUUUCAUAAUACAAUUUAUCAUUUUCAUUGUUCUUAUAGUAAAAUAUUUUUAGUAUUUUUUAUUCUUCGUAUCACCUAUACAUUAACGUUUAUGACUAACUUUGCUAUUUUAUGACUGUCGAGGUUGCACCUCGUUCAAUUCUUUGUUUAAUCUCAUAGGAGUUUAUAAGAUAUUGUUUUUAGUAAUUUUCGCACAUAAUUAUAAUCACGUUAAGGUAAUUGUGCGGAAACGUGAUUAAUUGAUGUAGACAAAUGACUGCAGAGAAAAGAUUUUAUCACAAAACAUUUUGCAGUGAAUGAACAAUAAACAAAGCCCCUUUUCCCAAUAGACAAAUUCUGCAUUUCUGGCGGCAAUAUGAACAAAGUGUUAAAUCAGCGAGAUAUAUUUAUAACAGACAUGGAAUAGAUAGAUUGAUGUAAUUGAUAACAAUAUCAUAAUUAAGUUAACCAACCGUUAAAAAUGCAGUAAUAAAAACCUACAAUGGUUGUCCUAUACAUCAAGAGUAAUCGUAUAGCGUCAGAUCUAUUGAGGGUGCCUUAAGAAAAACGUAAACUUUGUUGGGUUUUUCUUUCCCGCUGGUAAAAGAAGCUUGCACCUUUUCUGGAAUGAAGAACAACUACAGUCUCGGUUAUAAAUUUAUUUUUAUUGUCAUGACAAAUCUAGAGCGGCCACCAUUUUAUCAAUAAAGACGACUGGCUUUUAAGAUAAGCCGGCUUUGAAGUCAUUACAAACUAAAAAAUGAAUGAUGAUCUAAAACGCCGCGUUAAUUAUAUUUCAUUUACUAGAUAAUAUACAACCUAGCACUAGAAUCAGUUCCGAUUGAUAGUAAGUUACAUUUUAUUGCAAUAAUGUUUUUGUAAUCACAUCAAGUCUGACAUUUGUGAAAUAAAUAUAUUGUCAAUAUCUUCAAACUUUUGUAAGAUUCAUACGUAUACUAUCAUUCAUUCCAUUGCUGUAUUUUCAUGUAAUAUCUGUUUAAAAUUUGUGAUGUCCAUUGUAUUCAUUGACCGUUCAUCAGUGACCACAAUAUUUGUUUAUAUUACUAUACUAUAGUUUAUGUUGAUGUGCAUAGUGAUUGGAUAUCGGAGAUAGACAUCCUUUUUGCAGUACAUGAUAUAUACUGUAUUUCAUAUUCAUGUAUCAUUUAUAAAUUGUUCCUUAAUAAACCGGUACUUAA